GUUUAAACAUAUGCAGAUCAGGUCUAACAGCGAGUCAGCAGCAUUUUUUAGGUCAGGUCGUGUGGAGAAUGACAAAAGCAACAAGCACCUGUUCAACCUGAUAAAUACUCAGCAUAAACUCAUCCGAAAAGAAUAUGCUCUAAAUUUUGCAGUGAACUUGUUUGACUAUCUCGGCAGUAUAUUCAGCUACAUUGCCAUUGCAUUUCCUAUCUUCCUUGGGGCGUAUGACAGUCUCUCUUCUCCAGAUCUGUCUGCUCUUAUUUCUGCUAAUGCCUUUGUUGUGAUAUAUCUGAUCAACUGUUUCACUAAGUUGUUGGAUCUCUCUGUGAAAGUAACCAAUAUAGCUGGAACAACUCACAGAGUUGUUGAGUUAUUACAAGUUCUGGAAAAGUUAAAGAAUUGCCAAGAUACCAGGCUUGCCAGUAGACCUCAGGAAAUCAGAGGUUUUGGAUGGAGUGAAAUGGAGACGUUAAUGAAUAAUGAGUCAGAGGCUACAUGUCAAAGUGAAACAUCAGUAGAUCCAGUCACUGCAUUUGAAAUAAAUGAUCUUGAAUAUACUGCACCAAAAUCUAGUAAAAAAUUAUGUACAGGGUUGAAUUUACGUUUUGAACAGGGAGUUAAUAUUCUGGUCACAGGAACCAGCGGUUGUGGUAAAAGUUCUCUUCUCAGGGUCAUCAAUGGUAUAUGGCCAGAGGUCAGAGGUACCAUUGACUAUCAGGUAGAUUUGAAACCCAGUGUGAUACUGUUUUUACCACAGAAACCCUACUUUACUGAUGGCUCACUAAGACAACAGAUCAUAUAUCCAUUGAGAGAAUUUGACAGAAGAGGAAGUUUUAUAAGUACAGAAGAUGCAUUAAUUGGAGAGUAUCUAGAGAAGACGGAACUUAGCCAUAUAUGUGAGAGAACACGAGGUCUUGAUACUGAACCAGAUUGGAAUUGGUAUGACGAGCUGUCACCAGGAGAAAUGCAGCGACUUUCUUUUGUCCGACUUUUUUAUCAUAAACCAAAAUUUGCAAUAUUAGAUGAAGCUACUAGUCAGAUUGGUAUUGACGCAGAGCGAGCCAUGUAUAAUCUCUGCGAUGAACUUGGUAUAACAGUGCUCAGUGUUGGACACAGGGACAGCCUUCUCCAGUAUCAUCAGUUUGAACUCCAUUUUACUGGUAGUGGAGAUUGUAGUAUUAAACCUAUCCAACAUCAUGGUGCAUCGCAUAUAGAUAGAUAACUGUAAACAAAGGGACUUAGACAUGACAAAUAGUUGGUUUCAAUAUCUGGUAUUUUCCUACAGCAACACAAAAGUAUAAUGUUUUAAUUUAUUUAGUGACAAAUGGUUUUUGCUCAAAUGUCUCCCUUUGAUGAGAGGAAAGUUAUAGAUCAUUCAUCAGAAACACUUGAUCAUUCUUGAUGUUUUGGUACUGACAGUUUUAGAAUUUUGCAGAUUUAUUGCAAUAUGAUUAUAAAAAAAACACCAUUUAGCAAUAUGUGACUCAAACUCAGUUUAAAUACUCAAAUAUUAUAAUGUUAAACACACGUGUGUUCUCAUAAUGGCCCUGUAAUAGCUCCAAUGUCUGUCACACUGGUUGGAGACUGAAUGCCAUGGGCCAAUAUGAAAGAUUGAGGAUCUGUAUCAGGGCAACUUACAUCAGGGUUCUUAUUGACAUUUGAGCCGUGCCAUGAGAAAAUCAACAUAGUGGUCAGGAUCCAUGCUGUUCGCUUUCGAAGCCUAUUGCAAUCAGAGAAACUGUUAGUGAACAGCAUGGAUCGUGAACAGACUGCGCGGAUGCGCAGACUGGUCUGGAUCCAUGCUGGUCGCAAAGCCACUAUGUUGGUUUUCCCAUGGCGCGGCUCAUUUUAAUUACAUGAUCAUUAUUAAAUCAAGAACAUGACAAUUAUAUGAUUUCAAUUUCCUGAAAAUAAUUAUACACCCAAGUACAUAGUGGAUAAAUGAUAUAUUAGGUGUCUCAUUGAUCCAUCCAUUAGUUCAUCAAGGAUUUUUUCUGUUCCUUCUAUUCUAAAUUGCUGGAAGGAUAGUCAUAGGAAUAACAUCAUUUGUUAACCUCGUUUAGACAUGCACAGGCUAUAACUAUGAUUACUAGGUCAAGGUCACAAUGAGGUCAAAUGUGAAACAGCUUUAUUUUAUGUAUUUUAUCCCUGUUAAGUUCUGGGAAGGAUUUUCAUGAAACUUGUAUAAAUUAGUUACUUUCUUAGAAUGAUUUGCAGUGCACAUGACCCGGGUUAUUGGGUCAAGAGCUAGUGGUAAAAUGUCAGAUAGCUUUAUUUUGUUCUGUUUCAUAUUCUCAAAACUGCUGGAAUAACUUCCGUAAGUGCAAAGCCCUGGAGGUGGUGCCUAGUGGUAUUUCUCACCAUUGAUAAAUUCUGAUUACUCAGCAUAGUGUUACAAUUUUGAAGUGGUGCUUUAAAAUCACAUUCUAGAAGAAAUGAAACGCUGCAUUAGCUACAAGCAUUGUAGAUAAUCUUGUUUUACCUUAAUCAGUAUAGACCUGACAAGUUAUGUAUGUACUAUGAAAAUAUUUCCUUGUGCUGACAUGACUAUACAAUAAAGUCAGCAUAUUUGUAAUUGUAUAUGAAAUAGUGGUUUUAAAAACAGUUUUUAAAACAAACAUUUUUAGUCCAUACAUGAACUUGUGUUUAUUCAAUUAAUUUUUUUGUUGUGAUUGUUUUAUUUUAGAUUACUGUCAGUACAGUCUAACCUGUACUAACGGUCACCUCAGAUCAGUGUUCAGCGGUCAUUUUAUGACGCCCCCGACCGAUUUUCCUCUAUUUUAUUACUUCAUUCAGCGGCCACCUCCCGUCCGUGCCCAGCGGCCACCGAAAUUGCCUCCCGACCGCUGUAUUUGACCCCUUUUAGCGGCCAUGUUUCUUCCAAAACCAAUAAUUGUCUGUCUUAUGACUCCAAGAGUUUAUGAUGUACUUUAUUAAUGAAUAUGUUAUGUAUUUGAUACAUGGAUUAUAUGUUUUGGAACAGGGUCGUGUUCAAAGCCAAUAGCAACAAACGUCAAACGUUUAUUGUUUGUCAAUUAUUUUUCUCUGAACAAAAUAUUUUAAAUUGAGUACAGCCGACUUAGUUCCCUAUGUCUCAAUAUUUCUGACAUACAAUAUUUAGAAUUAAUUGUUCUUGAAGGUAAUUUUGCCAACAUUCCAUCUUUGAAAAGAAGAACACUUAAUUGUUGCACAAUAUCUAUAAGAUAAUCAAGUUUAUUUGUGUACAAACAAUAUUAUGUGUUAAGUUUGAAACACUACACACUAAUAAAUGUGUGAGUAACCACAACAUGAAUAUGUAUUGGCUCUAAAAAGUUGUAAAUGAAAGUCUUUUCAACAAAUAGCUUCUUCUAAAUACGACAUUUGUGUUAUUUUCUUCCUGCAGCAUGUCUUAAAGACAGGCAAUCAUUCUGUUUAUUUGGAUGGCCUAAAUGCUGUGUUGAUGCAUUACAUUGUCUCUCAAUAUUAGACUCAGUGUUGUUUUGUUGCAAUGAACAAUGUCAUUGUUACAUGUAUAUAGCUCAAAAACAUUUUGACAUGCAGUACAAAAUAUUUAAAGGCACUGGCCUCCAGAUUGUAAAACAAAAACAAAAUUAAUGCUAUAUUUCUUAAGAAUGCAUUGAAACUUGAUUACAGUUAAGUACCGUUACCUUGAUAUUCAAGGGACUGCAAAAAUUGCAUCGGCUUAUCCGAAGUUCGGCGUAAUGGUAUCGUCUAUCUAGGACUACAUUUUGUAUCUUUGUAGGAUGUCUUCUUUUCUUGAUUUGGCAUUUUUAAGGUAGUUAAGAAACAAAAACUAGUUUUCUAAUGUUUAUAACAUAAUAUGACCGAACUUCAGUUCUGAAGAAAGAUCAUUUUUAGCCCAAAUCCGGAGGUCAGUGCCUCUAAAACAGUAUGAUUUGAUUCACUCCAUACUAGAAUGUAGAAUUGAGAUGAGAAGUACAAGACUUAGUGUCCCUUUCGGCACAUAUUAAGUACUUAUUCAUAGGAGAAAUAGCUUAUAACACGUACAGCAUUGGUUCACAGAAAUAAAGGCAUUAGUGGUGUUAUUAAUUUCUAUAUAUAUUUAAGUUCCUAAAACUGCCUAUUGUUAGUAGCUAUCUGUUUUGAAGUUGUUUACAGUUAGAAUUGACAUGUAUCAAUACUGCUUUAUAUAUAUGUGUUGAGAACUUGUUCAAAUUUAGAACAACCUAGUUACAUUACUGCCUUCUAAUGUAUCGAAAUGUAAUUUACUAUUCAAUGUAUAGAUUAUUAGGCAGGAUUUACAGAUAUAUGAAUUAAAGAAAAAGUAAUUUGUUUCCAUACCAAUUUUUCAGUUUUUAGCUCGACUAUUAAAAAAAUAGUAGAGCUAUUGGACUCGCCCGGCAUCAGCGUCCGCGUCCCGAUUUGGUUAAGUUUUUGUAUGUAAGCUGGUAUCCCAGUAACCACUUGUGGUAAUGGAUUGAAACUUCACAAACAUAUUCCCUGUGAUAAACUGAUUUAUAUUGCAUAGGUUCCAUAACUCUACUUUGCAUUUUUACAAAAUUAUGCCCCUUUUUCAACUUAGCUGUUUAUUGGUUAAGUUUUUAUAUGUAAGGUAGUAUCUCAGUACCCACUAAUGGGAAUGGAUUGAAACUUCACACACUUGUUCACUGUCAUGAGCUGAUUUUUUUUGGCACUGUGCAGGUUCCGUAACCCUGUUUUGCAUUUGUACAAAAUUAUGCCCCUUUUACGACUUUUGUAUUCAUUCAAUUUACAAGGCUGUUGAAUAGUCGAGCGUUGCUGUCUUUUGACAGCUGUUGUGUAUUAAUGAUUUUGCUCUUGUCACCAACAAUGUUGAUUUUUUUUUAAAUCAAAGAUCAAACUAAGAAAGUGUGUGUCAACAGCUUCCUGAUUCAGCAUUAAUUCAUCCCUGAAAAAAAAAACAAAUGUUAAAAUCAAAAAUGAUAAUGAGACACAAGUGUGUGAACGUCUCAGUUUAACCAAUCGAAUUACUGGAAUUAAUAGAUAUCAGAAUUAUUAGCACAACAUACCAUUUAUGACAAGGAUUAAAUGAAUAACUGUCACUGUCAUAACCUUAUAAAACAAGCUAACCAAUAAUUCAACUGCAUCUUUGAUAAUUAGAUUACCUUUUUUCUGGGCAUUUAUAUUACAGUAUUAAUAUUCUGUAAAUGACAAUUUGAAGAUGACAGGAAAUUUUUUAAAUGAUGAGAAAUCCACAUGAAUGUUAUUACUUUUAAUAGGUAAUGUUAGUAUUAGUUAUAUGUUGUGUUUGGUGUUUCAUGAUGCAUGUUGUGUAUUAGAGGUUUUUCAGAUGAUGUUAAGUGUUUUAUUUUAGAUGAACUUUUGGGAUUUAUUUGUAAUAAUUAAAAAUUGUAUUUGAAAAUUAAAAUUAUGUAAUUA